CUCAGUUGAUAUAUUUCAAUAAAAAGGAAGCACACGAUAAAACAAAGACCAACCAGGGUAACAGAAACUUGCUCAAGAGCAUAUCUCAAAUAUGCAACGGAAAUUAUAAAUUGUGAGAGAAAAAUGCACAUUCACUGGCUUUGAAAAGUGGCCAUUGUUUUCAAAAGGGAGGCCCAUUCCUUUGAUUGAUAGCCCCAAAGGAGGCAGACUUUGAGUUGGGGCGGCAGUUUCUAUACAGGAUAUCCUCCAAAGGAACUGCACAGUCGGUGUCCCUCUGCUCUGAUGGUGUAACUACCACAUCCUCUGAGAGUUCACAUCUCUUCCAUCUCUCAAGUAUUAAAGGUGGCAUAAAAGGUGCACCAGCAAGUUGAUCUUGCAGAGAGUUGUUGGUGAUGAAUGAUGGAGGAAGCCUUGGUGACAGUGAAAGUCAGGCUUCUCAUAGAUUAUAGCACAGUCAUUUACUCAGAACAUUUCUGAAGGAAAAUAUUGCUUGGUCAAAGUGGCAAGGGAGGAAAGAAACACACCCACUCUGGAGAAUACUGUGAAAGCAAAGAAGGACAGUUUUUUAAUGUGAAUUGCUCAGGCUUCUUUUAAUAAGGAUUAUCAUUUUAGAACAGGAAUUGCAACGUUAAACAAAUUUCAGAAAGUUUGAAGGAUGUAAGUGAUCUCUGUUGCGGAAGAGCAAAGAGCUGCAACUGUCAAAACUUCAAUACAUUUUGUUUUAUAAAAAAUAAUUUAUGAGUACAUAGACCUGUCAAAAAAGGAGAGGGAAAAAAACACCAAGAAAGUAACCUUGCAGGAAAUAGGAAGUGUGGUGAAUGACAGAGUUGAUAGGAUGGCAAUUUUUUUAAAGAAAUAGUUGGGCUUCUUAAGAGUACUAGCAAUGUCAACCAAGCCCCUUGAUUAAUGAGGUUGUUACUGGGACAGUGGGAAAACCAUUCAACUUGUCACAGGGUGGACUGAUGGAUCAGGCACACCAACUAUGAGCAUGAAGUAGCUGUCAACGUUGGUCAGAAUUAUUUUCUAACAAGAACUACAUACUUUAUUCUGACACCAGACGGCUGUGUUAAUUUAGUUUUGUUAGUCAGAAGAAUGGAUUGAUAUUAUUUAUUGAGGACAAAAUGCUGGAUGUCACUCCUCGGCUGCUUUAUUGUUGAGGUUAUGAGGUUUUGCAGAAAGAGUGAAAAUAGUCUUUAAUGAGGACUGGGUGUUUGAUUUGGCUAACUAUUUUGUUAUCAAUGGCUUAGAACAUUGUGGAAGAUGUUCUUUUACAAGAAGUGCAUAUUUUAAGUUGGCAAGUCAACAUGUAAUUGAAAAACCUGCUGCUUAUAAGAAGGAAUUUAUUGGAAUACAUGGAGAAAAGAACAAUGCUUCAAUAUUAAUUUUUCAAGUACAUGUUCAUAUACAUGUUCAAAUGGACUGUUUUGAUUAGUCAUUUAGUCUUAGCUUUUUACAUUUCCAUUGCUGUGCACAGAGCGUUGUUUGAUUUAAUUAGUGUCUGACAGAAACUGCAAGUAUAGUACUUGGCCAUCGCAAAUAUGCUGAAGCAAUUCAUGGGGGACAUUUUCUGAAAGCACACACAAGACACGAGCCAAACUGUCUCCUGUUGUCUCAGCAUGUUACGUUGUAGGUGGCGCUUGGGUUCCCAAGCAAUGAGGGAGAUGUUUGGCGUGAUCCUCCUCCUGGCCAGCUUGUCUGUGCUCAUCACUUACCAGAUCAGCAAAGGACUGCUUCAGAAGACCUCAGAUGGGGUACUGGAGCUACAGAUACAAGUGGACCAGAGGUUUCAUGAGUUAAGACGCGUGCUUCAUACGUCACGCCAUGGUGAAGGUGGCGGUGCUGGAGCACCUGCUGAGGUGGUGCCCAGAGAAAAUGUGACAUUUAAUUCGGGGACCCUAGGUCGGAGGUUACGGCUGUAUCGGCAAGAUGGCAUCCAAAGGCAGAUCACUCCACUGUACAGGAAACUGAAAAAG